AUGGACUACCAGCAGGUGUAUGCCGACGAGGCUCGUUUCCAUCACGACACCGUGCUUCCUCGAAGUACCACUCCGGCGUAUUCCCGAGAACCCCAGCCGCCCCUGGCCCAUCCCCUGGCCCCAGCACCGCCGCCAGUGACGUCCCGUCUCGACCCUGACUACCACUACUAUGUUCUGCAAGGCACUCACCAACAACGACGACCGUCCGGCGGCGACAGACCUUAUCCCACUGACACUAACAGAGGCCCUCCCACACCGCCAACGAAAGACAGCCGUUUCCAACACAUGCCACCGAUGGCUCCGGGGCUGAAUACGACACCGCUGAGACACCAGCUGGAGUCGAAGCACCCGACACCGUAUAAUAGUCGCCAUCCGUUGGAGAACCCGCUGCUUCCGGCGUCGGCAGCGCGCAAUUCCGACGAUCUCCCGGCGAUGACGGAACCCAGCCAACUACUGGAAAACGCGCCUGCCGACACCACUGCCGGCUACAUUCCGCCACUCAGGAGAAACCGCAAAUAUGACCCAAGAAAACAGGAUUUAGUGAAACAAGUGAUGAAUCUGUCGUUUAUCGUCCACCAGCGACGGCAAGUGGACCAGGAACAAAUGGUAGAUACCGAGUACCUGAUCCUGGGGCUUGGCGUGAUUCACAUUUUUGAAGUGAUAUGUUGCAUUAUUCUGACGACGAUUCUGGCGAUUUUACUCGAUCGCGACGACUCAAUUGCUAAAGGGUAUUAUCAGUAUGUGCUUGCCGACCUGACAAUCACGUUGGCCAUCUCCAUUUUAUUCCUUACGCGAGCAAUCAACUAUGAGUCGAGAAAUGGCGUAUUCUAUACCAUUGUCGCUACUUUACUCAAAAUAGCUCUGUUUGUGGUGGUGGUGGCAGUGGUCAAUCCCGUCCACGACUGUGUUUCCAACAUCUGUCCCAUGCGGCGAGCAUUGACGCUGUUUGUCAUUAUCUGUACUUUCUUGUGGAUGAUUAAUUUGGUGAUGUAUUUGACAACAUUAUACGUGGCUAAGCUUGAUUUAUUGAACCCGUCUAAGGCUCAGUACCAGCCGUUGAAUGAGCUUCCCGAACAGCCUCUUCCGUCGCAGGCGGUGGAAGGAGGCGGUAUCGGACCCGGUAGCCCUCCCUACGGAGCGAUGAUGGACUCGAUGCCGGCUCCCUACCCUGGAGCGGGCGGCGGCGGUGACGCUACUCAUCUACCACCACCGCUCCCGUUAUCGGAAGACUUAUCCGAGAAGAACGACGACUACUACAAGUACCCCGAUAACCGGCCGCUAAAGGAAUACUUUUUGACCGCUGACAACGAGAUGUAUGAAAAAUCGUCCGAAGUCGAUACCCGAGGCAAACAAAAAGUCAUUCUCUACUUUUAA